GAGUUGUUUUAAAUCAUUAGCUGCCAGUACUCGUUUAUAUGUGAGCGAUUCUUAGGAUAUUGGACAAAAACAAUACGGAUUGUAGGCUAGAAUAUAGCUGUUUACUAGCAUGCGUAUUUCGUGGUGCUGCCUUUGCCUCGUCGGUGUGGCUGCGCUCGUACUGUCGGCAGUCGGACUGUGGGUGAAGUCUUCUUACUUUACUCCUCCGCCACCUCUACCGGAGCUGGGAACGCCCUGGUGGGGAAGAGGGCCAGUGGUUCUGGCCGAGAAUAACGAGAUUAGAUCAUUUACGGUUAACUUCUCGCAGGAGGUUAUAACCGAUCUGUACGAAAGACUAGACAGAACAAGAUACACGGAAUCCCUACCGAACGUUGAAUUCCAGUAUGGUGUUCAUUCGGAUACGCUGAAGAAGGUCGUGAGGUAUUGGCGGCAGAAAUACGAUGUGAAGAAUGCGCAGGUGGAACUGAAUAAGUACAAACAUUUUCUCACCGAGAUUAACGGCAUAGACGUACAUUUCGUUCACGUCAAACCGAAGUCAAGUUACAAGAAUGUGACGCCUCUGCUAAUGGUACAUGGCUGGCCGGGAAGCUUCUACGAGUUCUACAAGAUCAUCCCGCUGCUUACCGAUCCAUUGGCUCACGGUGGAAAAAAAGAUGACCCUGUUUUCGAGAUAAUUUGUCCUUCUAUUCCAGGAUACGGGUUCUCCGAAGCGGCCCACAAGAAAGGUUUCACAGCAUUACACGCAUCACAGAUUUUUGACAAGCUCAUGAAUCGUCUUGGGCAUCAGAGCUACUUCGUACAAGGCGGAGACUGGGGAUCUUUAAUAGUACACGUAAUGGCUCUCUACUAUCCUGACAGGGUGCUAGGAAUGCAUACAAACAUGCCGAUAGCUGGUAAUCUACUGGAACUAUCUUACAUUCUAAGAGUUGCCAUUGGAUCCGUAUUUCCGUCCCUAGUCUUCGAAGAGAAAGAGCUCUGGAAGGUUUACCCUUGCAUACAGAAAUUAACCACCUUGUGGGAAGAGAUGGGCUACUAUCAUGUGCAAUCAACUAAGCCUGACACGACAGGCGUUGGCUUAAAUAACAGUCCCGUGGGGUUGGCCGCUUGGAUCCUUGAAAAGUUUUCGACGUGGACAUCACUAUAUAACAGAAACAAUCGCGAUGGAGGACUGGCCACGCAGACGUUUACCUUAGACGAGCUGCUUCACAACGUCAUGAUAUACUGGGUGACAGAGAGCAUCACGACAUCGAUGAGAUUCUACAAAGAGUUCGUGAGAUCCGACACACAGUCAUACCUCUUAAGAAAGUACACAAUUACGGUUCCCGUGGCUUACGCAGUGUUUCCCAAUGAGCUGGUUCACUACCCAGAAUGCAUCGCUACAAGCUACUACCCUAACCUCGUUCAAUACACGGACAUGCCAAGAGGUGGCCAUUUCCCUGCUUUCGAAGAACCGGAGCUUCUGGCAGACGAUGUCAGAAAUUUCGUGGCUGCUGUCCAAGCAGAUCGCAAGCUCAAGAAAGAGGAACUUUAGAGUUGUGGGCAUAUUUUACGAGUUUCUGUUAUUUACUUAAAAUAUCGUCUUAACUUUAGAGUAAUAAAAUACUGUAUGAUGAUUUUAUUCCCUUGGUGCGUUUACCUGACCUAUCAUGUUAAAUUUAUUCACACAAUACCCUACAAUAUUCCGCAAGUGAUUUCCGAAACAACAUUCGUAUAUAUUGUACAUCUGCGAGCAUAAAUAUCGAUGAGCCUGUCAAUGUCGAUGAUAUAUAUUGAUGGAAUUAUGGUACAAACCUCUGAUGAAAUAUUAUGCGUGGCACCGGG